AUGGAUUUGAAGCAAGGGAACUACACUGUGUAUGAAUAUGAGUGUGAGUUUAAUAAAUUGAGUAGAUUUACAGCUGAAUUGGUCCCAACUGAGAAAGAUUCCUGUGAUUGGUUUGUGGAGGUUUUGCGCCUCAGAUUGAAGGACCUGCUAAUAGCAUUAAAUCUUCAUACUUUUCAAGAGGUAGUGAAUCGAGCUAAAGCCUUGGAGAGAGCACAAAGAUUUCUGUUAAUGACCGGAGAGCCUUCACAAUCAGAGAGAUUUUCUACUGUAUCUCAAAGAGGUAGAGGAAGAGGUAGGGGAAGGAAUCAGUCUGAAUCGGCCACUCAACCUGAAAUGCAGGUGACUGCUCGAGUAUACAACCUUAAGACUAAUGAAGAUCGUGUUGAUCCGAAAAUCAUUGCAUACGUGUUUCCAGAUGAAUUAUUGGGAUUACCUCCUGAUAGAGAGGUUAAAUUUCAAAUUGAGGUAAUUCCAAGAAUGACACCAAUUUCGAUGGCUCCUUAUAGAAUAGCCCCGAAGGAAUUGAGUGAUUUAAAGGCUCAGUUGCAAGAGUUAUUGGAUAAAGUAUUCAUCAGACCUAGUAUAUCACCUUGGGGUGCAUCAGUGCUAUUUGUAAAGAAGAAAGAUGGUUCGAUGCGUCUAUGUAUGGAUUAUCGACAACUCAACAAGCAAAAGAUACAAGAACAAUAUAUUCUAAAAAUGGCUUUUAGGACCCGAUAUGGCCAUUAUGAAUUUGUGGUAAUGCCGUUUGAAUUAACUAAUGCACCGGCAACGUUUAUGGAUCUUACAAAUAGAGUAUUCCAACCGUACCUUGAUCAGUUCGUUGUCAUCUUCAUUGAUGAUAUUUUGGUUUAUUCAAAGACGAAUGAAGAACAUGACGCACAUCUUCAGUGA